AUGUCGACCAGUAACACCGCCCUCGCGAACGGAAGCAUAUCCAGCACCGACGGUAACACGUUCAGCACCGACGGUAACACAACUAAUAAGAACGGUAACACAUUUAACACGAAGGACAACAUACCCAACACGAACGGCAACACAUCCAACACGAACGGCAACAUACCCAACACGAGCGGCAACAUACCCAACACGAACGGCAACACAUCCAACACGAACGGCAACAUACCCAACACGAACGGCAACACAUCCAACAGUUUAAUAAAACUCCUUAGGGAUGCUUGCGUGAUCAACCCACGCGACAAGAAAUCUUUUAUACCGCAUCGACAACUGGAAAAAAUAUGUAAUAAGCAAGCAGUUACGCACGCAUUAGCUACAGCAUUCCCAGAGAAAGAUGCCAGUUUUCACGAAGAUUGUGCAUUAGAAAUAUGUCAUGGGAAAGCCCCUGCUUCCUCAAACGGUACCCGAUCAUGUCUCAAAAUAUUUGCCAUUCUUGUUCUUCUGAAAGAAGUUAGGCUUAUAAAGUCAUUUCUGGAUCAUCCACUCUGCGAUAACGAUCUCCCGCUUUUCAGUACGGACAGAUUCACAGAGUUGUGGUCUCCUCGAGAGGACCCCAUAAGCCCUGUGAAACUUCCUGACGAGGCCGAUCAUUAUGCGAUUAUUAAAGGGUUUAUUGAUCAGCAGUGGUCUGUCUUGGCACCGCGUUUUAGUCUUCCUACAGACAAGACAAAACGAUGCGAAGUGUAUGAGCUCCAUGAGAAUCACAUAUUACCCAUCGAAUGGAUCUCCGAUAGGAAAUUCAGUGGCGGGUUUGGGUUGGUGGAAAAGGUUAGGAUACACAGUGAGCAUCAUAACUUUAAGCACAAAUCAUUUGCUCUAAAAACUAUGCAUCUGUUGAGACCCGAAGAAAUAGCUAUCUUCUUUCAGCAGGAAUUAGACGCUUUCCAGAAUGUUACACCAGGCGGUCACAUCAUAGAUAUAUGUGCCGCUUUCAAGAAGGGGGAUAGUCGCGGCUUUCUUUUCCCGUGGGCAGAAGGAGGUAGCCUCAAAAAUUUAUGGUCCACUUCGCCACGCCAUAUCGUCGAGCCCGCAAGAGUUGGAUGGUAUGCCUUCAGCCGGUGGAUUUGCGAACAGUGCCACGGCAUCAUCCGGGAUCUCAGGAAGAUCCAUGAGCCGUCCGAUAUGUUCCCUAGCGAUGACGUCGAAAGUCUCUUCGGGAUCCACAGCGACAUCAAGCCAGACAACAUCUUAUACUUUAGUGACGAUGGCUUGCCAUUAGGAACGCUGAAGGUCUCGGAUCUAGGCCUCAUGAAGUUCCACAGACAAUUCUCGCGGACUAAGUUCUCUGCAUCUAUGGGUAAUGCCUACCAAACUUACAGAGCGCCAGAGCAUGACACUAGUAGGAUGAGAUCUAGGAAAAUUGAUAUCUGGGCAUUUGGUUGUCUGUUCGCCGAAUUCAUAACCUGGGCGAUCGGCGGUAAUCACGCAAUUGAAUUGUUCAAAACAAAUCGAAUAAAUGAGGACAAAGACUAUCCUGAUCCUGAUGAAACCAAUGGCGAGUGGUCGGAAGACAACUUCUUCAUCAUCAAGAGAUCUCUCUUCCCUCCAUACGGAAAGGCAAAACGGAAGAGUUCAGUUAAGGAGUGGUUCAAAGCUCUCAUUGCUUAUUUGGGUCCAGAGAUGGCAGGCACUUUCUUCCCUGAAUUCCUACGUUUCAUCCAAAAAUGGAUGCUUCAGCCCGAGAGAAAUAAACGAGCACAAUGCUCAGAGGUGGAAAUGUUCUUAAAGAAAUGUUUGGACAAUAAUCAACCCGAUAGUUCAUAUUGGCAUUUUAGUGGAACAGUGCAAGGACAGAAUGAUGCCAGUCAGGGCACGACAAAAAUAGGCACUUCGUAG